UCAGAUGAACGAAAAGGGAUUGGAAAUUUUGCGUGGAAUAAAAGAAUGCGUUGAUUUUGUACGAGGAAAUAGCAGUUCACGGGAAGUUCAGGAGGAUAACAUUGGAAUUGUUUUGCUUCUGAUCAGAGUCGAAGAUUUAACUAGACGUGGCCUCCGUCAAAAGAAGAAUACUGAUUAUUUCGAUUUUUUUGCUUCAUGUCUUCGAAAAGAUCUUGAUUUCGGAUCGCUUUUCAAAAAGUUUGAAUUGAUCCAAGAGUUGAAAACAAGUAUAGGAAAAGGAAGAGCUCUUCUGAGGCACGUUCUGUCAUUGAAUUUACUUACAUCUUUCUUUAGAGUAUGUCUCGAUUCAAAAACAAGCGCAUCUUGGUAUGCACCCCAAGCUUAUUUCCGCGAUAAAGACUUCAUCGAUAAAUUUUUAUCAGUCAUUUGUGAAAUUGAUGCAUAUAAAUUCAAUUUUGAAAUUCGCUUGAAAGAAAUUGACUUUUCUUGGCCAUUUGAAGAUUUGCUCUACCGAGCCAAUGGCAAGUACUAUCUUUACCCUGAAAAGGUUAACGAAUUUCGUAGUCAGUCGGUUUUCAACGAAGUUGAAAAUUAUAAAGCAGUCAAUGAAUCUCUCAAUAGCGAAGUGCCUGUAAAUCAAAAUUUGCAGCUUGAAAUUCAGAUGUCCAAAAUGCAGCUCAAUUGCGAGCGCCUCGAGCUAGAGUUAGCGAAAAAAGACGAAGAACUUCAAAAGACUAAAGAUGAAAUGGAUUAUCUGCGGCAAUUGACCUUGCUGUUGAGAUCAUCGCCCGAUGGUGCUAAUAAUACGAGUCAGUCCUCAUUAGAAUUCGCCGGGACGCUCGAUACUUCAUCGGCUAGUGAGAAAGCUUCGUUGAAAGUCAACGAUGGCAGUGGAAAUACAUGGCUCGAUGAAAUGAUGGAACAGCAGAAACGGUUGAACGAUGAAGUUGCUUCACAUGCGUUGUUGAAACAGGCUAUGGAUCUAAAACAGUCUGAACUUGAGCAACAAAUUCAUCAAUUGAAAGAGGAAUUGAGCUCUAUUAAAGCAAUACGAAGUCCACCAACAGAUACAAAAAGCUGCCAAAGUGAAGCUGUGCACCAAGUUGACCGCGAAACUGAAGCUUGUGAUUUGCUAAAUGAGUCUUUAAUGUCAAAUAAUGAAAAGGAACAAAGCUGUAACACAUCGUUUGGACCACUGACAUGGUCGAAUGGCGGAGAAACAACGGGAACUCUUAGUUUAACUGAAGAGCUUGAAAAGUUAGCAAAGAAAUAUGCGGAGGCCAGAAGCCAAAUAGCUGAAUUACAAGAACUGAACGAGCAUUUUGAGUCAUCCGAGAAUGGCAAAGUGGGAGCUCAGAAAGAAAAAUUCAAAACAAUGAAAUCUGAAAACGAUGAAAUCAAAAAUCGUUUUUUAUUAGUCGAAAAAGAAUUGAGAGAAAAAGAACUUAGCUACAAGUCUAUGCUUGUGGAAAAUGAGAAAAUGAACCAAGAAGUUCAAAAAAUACACAACAGUUUAAAACUACGCGAUGAAGACAUAUCAAAACUUCAAGAAGAAAAAUCUGAUCUCAUUCGAGAAAAUGAGAUCUUACAGACAAAUUUGGAUAGUUCUACUACAGAUCUUAAAGCAUUGAGAGCAAAGCUUAUUGCUCUGGAAACCCAAUUAUCUGAAAUUGAACUGAAGUUCAAAAGUCAAUCGACCGAGAAUUCAAAACUUUCGGAUGUUUGCACCGACGUGCAGGAGGAUAAUAUGAAGCUAAGAAGUGAAGUGAGCGAGCUAAGAGAUAAGCUUGAUUGCACAGUGGCGUCUUCACGGAGCCAAGUAACAGCCAUUUCGACAGAGAGGGACUCAAUCCAUAAUCUGUAUAUGGAUGCUAAGCGACAACUAAUUUUCAACGAUAGACUUCACCAGCAAGCUUUGAACGAGAAACAGGAGCAAAUUGAAAUGUUCACCAGAAAACUGUUGUCACUUACGAAAGAAAAAGACGUGAUGUGGCAGCAGCUUGAUAGGGUCCAAGAAAUCAGCCAGUCCACGCUAAUCGGAGGAUGGGUGAAUGAAAACGACGUGAAACAAUGUGCCUUGUGCCAAAUAACGUUCACUCUGUUUGUCAGGAAGCAUCAUUGCAGAAGCUGUGGUAACGUUUUUUGCGUGGCAUGUUCGAACCAUUUCAUAUCAGUUGCACAUUCCAAUAGAAAGGAGAGAGUUUGUACGACUUGCUCUAAUAACAGAAAAGACGCGAGGAUUUUGUUGAGCCAGCAGAAGUUGGAUUCGCCAAAUUUGGACGCGAUGGAAGAACAGAAGUUCAAUAAACAAGUCAAACUAUCGAAAGAGAAGUUCAUAACCGGCGGACGAUUUGCAAACAGUGUCAACUCUUUAGUGGGACUUGAUACAAGCUACCAUUCUUCGCCUCCGGGAUCUAUAGGCAGUCUUCAGAUCAGAAGUAUGCACAAAUCAGCAACAAUGAUGCCAGGACUCACACCUAACAUGUCAGGCAGUGCAAGUAUGUUAGAUGGAAAUCAAUAUGGAUCAUUCAUUGAAAGCGCAAGUCGUCCCGAGACACCUGAAAGAGAUACUUUAUACAAUGACCGGUCAAAAUCGGUGCCUGGAUUGGAAAUGCCCUCAUCGGACCUUCAGAACUUGGUGAAUGCGCCCUUGGAAAAUACUGUGUAUGGUCCAUGUGAGAAGCAAGGGCAAGUUGUCUUAGCGCCUGGUCAAAAUCGAGGCGUUCCACUUCAAGUGGAUUGUUCCGGCUCUACGAUUUCAUGGACUUUUUCAUCUGUUCCAAAAUGUAUCCAGUUUGCGUUGCUGUUUCGCGAAAACUCGCAUGUGCAGUCUGACGGAUCCUGGCAAAGCCCGGAUUCAGAUGACAAUGCAAACAGUGUCUUCUCAGAUAACGGUGCUAACUCAUAUCAGAGAUCUGCUCUAAAGAAGUCAUCUCUUCACGUGAUCAUUCCUUUGCUCACGUGCCGGUCACAUCAGGAACCGGUCAAUGGAGAGAUCCUUGUAAAAACCCCGGGAACGUAUAUCAUCUAUUUUGACAAUUCCAGGAGCAAAUAUACGGCGAAAAAAGUUGAAUAUUAUGUGUGCAUAAACUAAAUCUCAAUUGCCAAAUUACUCAUUUCAAAAUAACUAUUGACAUUAUUUCACUGAAAUUCAUCGGCUGCAGUAUCUGAAUUGUUUUCGUGUAAAUUAGAAAAUAUUUUAAAUUAUUUGCUUAAGUUAAAUCUUUAUCUGCCAUAGUUUCUAUAUUUCCAGUCUUCUCUCUCUUCACAAUACAGUUUCACAAUUAAAA